AUGAGACAGACUCCUAACUGUGAGCUCGGCCGGCCUGGCCCGAGAGGCAUCAAUGCAGGUAUUCGAGGAGGUUUUAACGAGACCUUCCUCCUAAUUAAAAGGUCCGUGGGGAAGAUCUUCCUGGACCUCAGUCCUAUAGCAGAAGCCAGUACUGAUCCUGGCAAGGGUUCCUCCGGGGGGGGGCAGGCGGUGAAUAUGUCAAUAGCUCAGUUGGAACUAAGCGCUCUGUGUCCAAAGUGA